AUGGGACUUGAAAUCGUUUCCAAACUUCUUACGUGGGUUGUGUUUUUACUUCCUAACGCAAUGCACGCACAAACAGAGCUUCCUCCAGAGUGUGUGUCCGGGGGCCACUCCAUCCUCCAGGACCCCUACCGCAGCACCACCUUCAGCUCCAGCUGGGUGCAGCAGUCGGCCCUGCAGGAGUUCAUCUGCGACCACUCCCUCUCUCCGGGCUGGUACCAGUUUCAGAUCUUUGAUAAGCCGGCCAGCAUGCCCACGGAGUGUGUGGAGGUGAACCACUGUGGGACUCAGGCUCCUGUGUGGCUGUCCCUGGCUGAAGGUGAGGCCCUGCCGGGGCCCCUGGAGGUGAGGCAGCUGACGGCCUGCGCUGCCUGGCAGCUUUUCCCAGGCACCGGCAAAGACUGCUGCAUGUUCCGCAUCCCGGUCACCGUGCGCAACUGUGGAGACUUCUAUGUUUACCUACUGCAGCCGACGCAGGGAUGCAUGGCAUACUGCGCUCAGGAGAUGUCGGACACUUCACCCACAGCGUCGCCGAGCUGUGGCCCUGACGAGGUUAACGUUGAUGGAACAUGUAAAACAAAGCAGCCUCCCACUCCAUCAGCACCAGUGGUUGUCUCAGAGGUGACAGGAAAGUCGGUGUUCCUGAAGUGCAGCUUUGGCAGCAGCUCCAACAGCUCCCUGGGAUACGUGGUGGCCUGGUCCCGCCUCUCACCUGAGGGCAGGAAGGAGGAGCUCAAACAGGAGACCACCCUCCAGACCUUCGCCUUUAUCGAGCUGGACGGCUUCAACCUCCGUCUGGGGGACAAGAUCUACUGCUCGAGCUCCAGUUUCUUCUUGGACUCGCCCAACAUCCGUGGUGCUUCAGUGGAAAGUCUGGAGUUCUUUGCCGGGAUUAGGCUGAGACCAGAGGUGAGCAGUGUGUCUGAGGACGGGAGGCUGUAUGAGCUUCUGGUGGAGAGCACAGUUCCUGUCCCGUGUCUGGAGGAGUCGUCCUCCUCUGCAGAGCCGUGCACUCUGUCUUUACAGCUCAGCACCAGCAGCAAAGAUGACGGUUUGUUGGGUGCAGAUCUGUCUCUCUCGUCCUGUGUGGUGCAUCUGUCCCGGGGCCCCUGUACAGACGGGGUUUGCAGCCGAGCACUGAUCCACUUCAGCCCCGUCACUGACUUUCAUAAAGACAGCAACAGGACGACUCAGAUCUCUGUUAAAUCUAUCGUCACACAGAAUUUUCUGUGGAAUGGAUACUCACCUGAACCAGUUGAGAUAACUGUGAAGGAUGUCCCUUCAGCGUUCUGCUACUCCUUCACUGAUCCUCACAUUAUCACAUUUGAUGGCAGGCCCUAUGAGAACUACCAAGUCGGCACUUUUGUCCUCUAUAAGAGCACUUUGAGGCCCUUUGAGGUCCAUGUUCGUCAGUGGGAGUGUGGCAGUGUGGUGCACGCCACCUCGUGUGUGUGUGGCUUCGUGGUGCGGGACGGCGGCGAUGUCAUCGCUUUUGACAUGUGCAACGGAGAAAUGGGUGAAACCAAACCUCACCUGUCGGUGAAGAACAGAGACCUGACCAAGAGCGGCAUUCGCAUCACAGAGUCCUACCAGGGCCGCAAAGUCACGAUCACCUUCUCGUCAGGAGCGUUUGUUCGUGCAGACGUCUCAGACUGGGGGAUGAGUCUCACGCUGAGAGCUCCCAGUUCAGACCGGGGCCACACUGAGGGUCUGUGUGGGACCUACAAUGGCCAGCCAGCCAACGACCUCCACUCAGCAGGGGGCGCCAUACUGGAGCAUCUGCCUGCUUUUAUCUCAGAAUGGAGGCUUCCCCCUGGCAGCAGCCUGUUUGACACCGUGCCAUCCCAUCUGAGCAUACCGAGCCCCCGCAAGUACUGUAACUGCCAGUCGGGGCCCCGCCUCACAUCUUCCAGAGCCCAAUCUCGAUCAGUCACCUCCACCGACUCCCUCUGCUCUCAUCACGGCAACGUGAACCUUCAAAGUGUCAUCCCCACUCUAGACGUCACAGCCGAGUACAUCAGCUCGGUGGAACUACUCAAAGGCGGAGGAAGCGACAGACAGCCGCUGCCUCCAGGUCAAUCCAGUCAAACCCCCCAGGACAGAGGCAGUAACUCUCAGCCACGUGAGAGAAGUUUCUCCCUGCAAGCCUCCAGAGAUGGAGCUUCGACCUCAGCUCUCCGCCAGGGAGGCAGAGCCGGGCGGCAGACCCACCGUCACAUUUCUAACUCUCCACACCAAAGUCUCAGCCAGUCUGAUCUGGAGGGCUUCUCCUACUUUUUCCCAGAGGACCACGAAGCAGCAGCUCAAACAGACUCUCCUCUAACGUGGCCCACACCUUCUGGCCUGACAGAGCAGCAGGCCAGGACUCAGUGUCAGCAGGUGGUGGCCGGCUCCAGCAUAGCGUUGGGAUGCGGCCGCCUGUUAGAAGAGGCAAUAAUAAGCCGCGUGGAGGCCAUGUGUGUUACUGACCUACAGCUGAAAGAUGACCAGUCAUGGCUGAAUGCUACUUUACCACUGUUGGAAAACGAGUGUGAGAGGAGGCUGAUAGAGGAGAGGAGGAGAGAAGAAGAGUUCCAGGAUGUUCUGGCUGUCCUCAAAUGUCCCAAUCUGUGCAACGGGAACGGCCAGUGCUCAGAGUGGGGUUGUGUCUGCUUCCCAGGAUUUGGAUCAUAUGACUGCAGUGUGCUGUCUGACCAGAUCCCAGAGAUCACUGAGCUGGAGAAGGAGGGUCUCUGUGACGUACGACAGGGAGACUGCUCCACCAUCCAGGUCUACGGUCAAGGCUUCAAGGACUCCUACGAGCUCAAGUGUGAGUUUGUUAAAGAAAAGUUUGAAGAUUGGGAGUGGGUUCUGGACGAGCCCCAGUUAGUCCCAGCCGUCUUUCUGGAUAUGACAGCUCUGGAGUGCAAGCUCCCCCUGGAGGACAGCCGGGGACCUGCGGGCCUGGACCUGGAAACAGCAUCGAACAGACCCCUGGCCCGCUUGCAGAUCAAAGUUUCCAAUGAUGGCUACAGCUACAGUAACGCCAAGAUUCUGACUCUGUAUGACGGAGCCUGCCAGAUCUGCAGCCUUGACACUGAAGUCCUCUGCACCCUGAGGGAGAAAAGGUGCAACAUUGACGGCCUGUGUUACAGUGAGGGAGACUCCAAUCCCAGCAGCCCUUGCCUCACAUGUCGCCCGGACUCGUCCAAACACACAUGGUCCAUAGCAGAGAAGAACGAGCCUCCAGUGCUCCAGUCGUUGCCGUUUCAUCUCCGAUCCUUCCUGGGAGGGGAUUUCAUCUAUCAGCUACAAGCUCGGGACCCUGAGGGCUCAGCGGUGCGCUUCACCCUGGAAUCGGGCCCUGAAGGGUCAUCUCUGUCUCCUGAUGGGCUGGUGAGGUGGAGGACUGAAACUACAGACACACACACUCUCCAGUUUACAGUGACGGACGACUGCAACGCUGAGACCAGAGCCUCCAUACAGGUGUUUGUGCACUCCUGUGAAUGUCUAAAUGGAGCUUCCUGUGUGACCAACACCAACCUUCCUGCAGGCAGCGGGGAAUACCUGUGUGUGUGCCUUGAUGGAUUUAAAGGUGAAAGGUGUGAGGUGGACGUUGACGACUGUAAACCCAACCCUUGUCGACUUGGCCGCUGCAUUGACGGGCCCGACUCUUUCUCCUGUAUCUGCCCUGCUGGAAUGACAGGCCAUACAUGUAGAGAAGAUAUAGAUGAGUGUGUCUCACAGCCUUGUUUCCCUGGAGUGGGCUGUAACAACACGCUGGGCUCCUUCUUCUGUGGAGUCUGUCCACAAGGAUACAGUGGUGACGGGAACAUCUGCACACGAAACCAAGACUCUCCUGUCAAAGCAUUGACGACACCAGCCAGAGUACUGAAGGUUUCAUCGAGGCCCAAAUCCUCGAGCCCGUUGCCCUGCUCCAGAAGGCCAUGUCACCCCGGGGUUCAGUGUUUCCAGAGCACCCACGUCUCAGCGGGCUUUAUCUGUGGACCGUGUCCUGCAGGUCUCCAUGGAAAUGGACGCACGUGCAAAGCUAUAGGGCAGGGGACAAUCACCAGGGGAGGAGAUGGUCAUUUUCAAAUCGUCAAAUCAAAUUCCAGCAAGGAAACAACUCCCACCUCCUCCUCUUCAUCGUCCCCCGCCUCGCCCAGAAGACCCCCUGACAGCCGGAGACCAGAGGCCACCAUGUCUAGUGUCAGGAGAGGUUAUUUUGAUGACAGAAAGACCAACCUGACCACUGUGCUGAAAGUGGAGUCCCCAUCUCUCCAUGUGACCUGUGUUGACUCUCCCUGCUCCCCCGGUGUUCCCUGUGAGCCCACCCUCACCGGAUCCUUCAAGUGCGGCCGCUGCCCGUACGGCUACACCGGAGAUGGAAUCAUAUGUAAAGCUGUGUGCAGGUACCAGUGUGGGAGGAACAUGGCGUGCACUCUGCCAAACACCUGCACCUGCAUGGAAGGCUACACUGGAUACAACUGCCAUAUUGCCGUGUGUCGACCUGACUGCAAAAACCAGGGGAGGUGUGUGAAUCGUAAUGUGUGUGAAUGUCCUGCGGGCUACAGCGGGCCCACCUGUGAGGAAGCAAGCUGUGAGCCGCCUUGUCAACAUGGAGGCACCUGUCUGGCCAGAAACCUGUGUACCUGCCCCUAUGGAUAUGUGGGACCCAGAUGUGAAAUCAUGGUUUGUAAUAGGCACUGUGAAAAUGGAGGAGAGUGCAUUUCUCCUGAUGUCUGCGAAUGCCAACCAGGCUGGUACGGACCAACAUGUUACUCAGCUGUAUGUAACCCCGUCUGUCUGAAUGGAGGAACAUGCAUUAGGCCCAAUAUCUGUGCCUGUCCCGGCGGCUUCUAUGGCUCCCAGUGUCAAAUUGCUGUGUGCAGUCAACCUUGUAAGAAUGGAGGUCAGUGUAUGAGGAACAAUGUAUGCUCAUGCCCUGAAGGCUACACAGGAAAAAGGUGUCAAAGGAGUGUAUGUGAGCCAAUGUGCAUGAACAAAGGCAAGUGUGUAGGACCCAACACAUGCUCCUGUGCAUCAGGGUGGACAGGGAUGAGGUGCAACAUACCUGUCUGUCUGCAAAAGUGUAAAAAUGGUGGCGAGUGUUUGGGCCCAAACACCUGCCACUGUCCCUCCGGCUGGGAAGGUCUCCAGUGUCAGACACCGGUUUGUAAGCAGCGGUGCCUGAACGGAGGCAGGUGUGUUCUUCCUGACUACUGCUACUGUCGGAGAGGCUACAAGGGCUUCACCUGUGCUACAAAGGCAUCACAAGCAUGAUGGAGGAGAAAUGGGAAGAUAGGAGCUACACAAUGCACAAAGCAAGAGGAGGGCAUCAUAAAUUGUUGUGAAUGUGACUCUGUGCAAAUUUGAAGGCUAACAGGGGAACAUGAUGGAUUGCACUUGUCUGCUCUGUAUAUCACUACCUCAAGGCUCACAGUAGCACACAUCUGGUAAAGGCAUCAGCAGAGACUUUCCACAUAUGUGAAUGUUACUGCCCAGUAUUAUGUAAAAUGAGUAGAUGACAAAUGAAUCUGUUACCGUGAUAAUUCAUUCAUAAAGUGUAGGUUAUCACCAAUAGGUUUUUAGCUUUGGAUGUUUCACUAUUUAGCCGAAUUAAAACUUUGCCAAACGGCACUGUUUGUUUCUCACUGUUCAAAUGCUAUGCCGCUUUAUUGAUUAUGGCUCAUGUAGAGGUUCACAUCAGGUACUUGUUUAAGACUGAAGAUAUGGUGAGUUGAAAUGAUUUUUUCAGUUUUGCUUUCAUUAAUAUAUUGUUUGUGGGGGUUGAGUAAUUACCAUGUUUUGGGGAUAUAUAUAGGGUUUUGUUUUUGUAUAAAAAAAAUAUCGGACAAAAUUACACUGUGGUACAAGUUAUGUGACAAAAUAAAGAAUGUUCAAGUUA